AGUGGCGGAAGGAGGGCGGGCUUCUCCUGCCGGCUUCCGCCGAGCUCUUCGUGGCCCCCAUAAGCGACCAGAUGCUGGAAUGGCGCCUAGGCUUCUGGAGCCAGGUGAAACAACACUACGGCGUGGACAUGAGCUGCCUGGAGAGCUUUGCCACGCGCUGUCUCAUGGGCCACUCGGAGAUCGUGGUGCAGGGCCUGUCCGGCGAGGACGUGCUGGCCCGGCCACAGCGCUUUGCUCAGCUCGAGUUGGCCCGCGUGGGCCUGGAACAGGAACUGGAGGCAGGGGUGAGCGGGCGUUUCCACUGCAGCUGCUAUGGCUCGGCGCCCAUGCACGGCUUUGCCAUCUGGUACCAGGUGACCUUCCCAGGAGGGGACUCUGAGAAACCUCUGGUGCUGUCUACCUCGCCUUUUCACCCGGCCACCCACUGGAAGCAGGCGCUUCUCUACCUGAACGAGCCGGUGCAAGUCGAACAAGACACGGAGGUCUCGGGAGAGAUCACAAUGCUGCCCUCCCGGGACAACCCUCGUCGCCUACGUGUGCUGCUGCGCUACAAAGUGGGGGACCAAGAGGAAAAGACCAAAGACUUUGCCAUGGAGGACUAAGCGUUGCCUUUUCCCCCGCUACCUCCCAAAAUGGCCUGACUAGGAGAGGCCAGGCGUAGGGAGGUCCUAGGAGAAAGGGAGAUCCCACGUGCAAGUAUCAUUUGGCAAUAUCAGCAUGGCUGUACGUGAGGAGCAGUGUAUGACAAUGGACAGGAGAUGGUCCAAAAGAAACCCAACAUCUUUGCAGUAAAAACACUUCCAGAAGGAUGAAAGU